AGACGUUAAUUCACUCACUCGCAACAAGCUGGAAUUCUCUGUUGUGCACCGCAGGAUCAGGGUUAGUGAACUGCAUGAGAGCGUGACAUCAAGGAUGUCCAAGAACGUCACGAGCUUUGUCAAUCAGACGGUCCCAAACUUUGACAACAACAUUCAGAACCCUGGCCUGAUUGCAGCAAUAUGCUUCGGUGGUGUUAUGACAGUCCUUUGGUUCUUGUGGGUGCGGGGAGGCAUGCCUACGGAUCAUAUCAUGAAGAUGAUAGAUGAGGAGAAGAAGAUGCUCGAGAGUGGGCAGCUCAAGAAUACUCUUCAGAGUCAAGUCCGUCUAGGAUCAUCGUUGCAACGAAAAGAUCAGACAAGUGAGGCAAUCAAACAGCAGAUCCGAGAUCUCGAUGAUCGACUUAGGGAGUUGUGUUCCGAAGACAACAACGAUGAACAGGAGCGAUCAGAAGCUGAUGCGGCAGGAGUUGGAAACAAUCAUUUCAAGUAUGAGACGCCAUCCCAGAUCAAGCUGGAGAUUGCUGCGUUGGAGCGGAAGAUACAAUCUCAUGCAGGGGGUAUGAGGAUGUGAAAUCGACAGACACAGUCACCAAUCGUGAAUGAUACGUCCCAACUGCCGAGCCUGGAGAGCCGGAGAGCCGUUCGAGUCGCAUCUUGGCGCUACCAGGAACUGCCCAGCUGUCAGUCCAACUCAAAUGCGACGAAUCAUGUUAUGAGGGCAGCGCAGCCUUCAAGUCGGGCGAUCCGACAGUGUAACAAGGACUCCUCUCCCGGCGGUUCCCGAGAACCGGGGGCCCGGCAGGCCGCCGGCGGCCGGUCCGUCCGUGCACCGUCGGCACUCGCCAGUGACAGGCCGCGCUGCAAACGGGCCGGGAGACCGUCCGACGGCGGGCCGCUGUGCCGCAUGCCCGCCGCCAGUGGCGCCCGCCGUGAACUUGCGCGGCUGUGACGUGACGUUAUCCGUGAUAGUGCCGUCGGAACGAGGUGGGCCAUCCGUGAAUGGUCCGAUGAUAAGCAAGAAGCCUUGGCUGAUUUGAUAUGAUUCAUUGUCUAAGGCUUAUUGUCAGUCCGGCGGGUACUAUCAGUUAGGCGCCUGAGUCCCCAGCGGCGCCGUUACUCAGUAGUUAUACACUGCCGACUCUCGAUGCAAGAACCUCUCAGCUUCAUAUAAUAUUGAAUGAUUGAACCGUGAUUUCUUGCCA